AUGUUUUCUCCGCGUGGCGGCCCGAGUUCGGCCCGCCGGCAGCAGAGCAGAACACCCGCCAGGAGAACGUCCAGCAGCCUUCUGCUCACCCCAAGGAGGACGACUCUAUCGGGGAGACCGACGCCCACUCGUGAUCAAAGCAACGCCCCCUCGGACGGCCUCAACUAUGACGUGCAAACGUUCGGUUCUUCACUCCCUGUCAAAGUGAUGGAAGUGCUGACUGUGCUUAACGCUGAGGAGCAGAUAUCUGUGAAAGUGAGUGAGAGUGGCUGGGCCUGGAUGGUCUGCGGAGACAGACUCAUCAUCUGGAAGAUAUCCCAGACAGCAGUGACCAAGCUGAGUGUGUGUAAAGAGCUUCAGCUGCCCAACAGCCAGUACAACUACACAGCCGACCAUGUGGCCGUCACGUCGACCGGGCCAUUGGAAGUAGCGCCAGUGCAGGGGUUGUCUGUGCUGGCCGUGGCUGCCGAGGGCACCGCUCGCUUGUGGCCCAGCUUGUCUCAGGAGGGCAACUAUUCCGAGGCUGACCUGGACUUGGGAGAUCUGUGUUCCUUUGUGGUGACAGUCACAGACGGCAGCUUUGUGGUGUCCUCGGCUAAAAGUCGCAUGUUGCGCGUUGCAGCAGAUGCUUCAGGAAGGCUUCAGUACCGAGCGCUGCAACAGGGCCAGGGCAUGUUGUCCGGCAUCGGGCGCCGAAUGUCCAGCCUGUUCGGCAUCCUGUCUCCCCCUUCAGACGACGAUCUGCAAAGCUUGUUGUGGGUGGAUGCUACCAGCUCCCUCUACGCGCUGACUAACUCACGCCUCAGCAAAUGGGAAGUGGACGAGAGCUCGGAGCAACAGACGGUCAGCUGGGACACCCAGCGAGCUCUGACCGAAAGCAUCACCGACGCCAUUUGGGGUUCGGAGGGUAACUACGAGGAGAUGCGAAGCGGCAUCAACGUAUCUUUUCUGGACAUGAAGUUUAGCCAGACCGGGUUGGUAAUACUGGCUGCCGCCUGGCACCCAUCUGACACGCCCUGCCUUGUCUACUAUGUCCUGGUCACCGUGCAGGACCUCGGUGCCGCCAUCUCUAACCAGUUCAUUGUGGAAGUCAGCAACUUCAACCCCAACUUCCAGAACAAGUCAGAGCUGUACGCCACACGUCUCUUGCUACCACCUUCUCCUGGCACCACCGCCUUCCUCUACAACAGGGAGCUCGUCUUCGCCUGUUCCACAGGAAGCAGCAGGGUGAACUUUCCUGACGAGAAAAUCCUUUUCAACUCGCCUGGUGAUGGCGUGCGCGGUGGUGGCUGCUGCGCCAACCUGCCCGUCUUCUUCUCUCUGAACAGCGGCUUGGUAGCCGUGGUGGCCCGGGAGCGCGCCUCGAUCCUGCCCGAGACCGUGGAGGACUCGCUGUGCUCGUCUCUGGCGGCAAGACCGGAGGUAUCCGUGAUGGAGCAGCCCAGCCGAGCUGAGCCGGUACCUCAAGAGGACAAACCUAGGCUCCUGAAGGCAGCGUUUCUGCAGUUCUCCCGUAACGAUCUCCUGGGUGCUCAGGCACUUAUCGACGAGCUCUUCUCGACUGGUGACGAUGAGGUGGAGGGCGGCGAACUGGACGCCAUGGUGACCCAGAUCGACCUGGACCUGCUGGAUGACUACCCAGCUUCAGACCCCCGUUGGGCUGAGUCUGUGCCUGAUGAGAUCGCUGGGUUCCCACUGACGUCCCUCAUCAUUCUCCAUCAAUUGGAGGACAAGAUGAAGGCCCACAGCUGCUUCAUGGACUUCCUUCUGCAGGUGGGCCUCCUGGAGCGUCUGGGACACGUCUGGGUACGCUCGUCACCCAUGGCCACGCGGCUACUGCUGUGCGAGCACGCCGAGAAGCUGCAGGCGGCCGUGGUCCUGAAAAACCACCACAGCAAACACGGCGAGCUGGUCAAUCGGGCCAUCGGCAUCGCACUGCACAAGAGCAACGCCACCGUGCCACCAGGUCUUACUGGGGCUGAUAUUUUCUUCCGGGAGGUUUCACAGAUCUCCACCAUCUUUGAUUGUCUCCUGGAAGAGGAAGAGAGGAGCUUGAAGGAGAACCCUGUGGACUCAGUGCAGUGGGCUGAGGUGGUUCUGACUGUCAACACAAUCAUCAAGGACAUGCUUCAUGCAGCCGGUCAUUACAGAGAGAGCAAAGCGUCCAUUUAUAGAGCGUCUGAACACGCCGCCGCAGACGUAGAAUACAUCCCGUGGACAGCUCUGAGUGGCGCGGGUGGCAUCCGAACAGUUAUCUCCCGACAACACGAGCUCAUCCUGCGCUCCAUGUACCCCCACGCCGACUCGGAGCUGCGCAGUGUGCUGUGUGAGCAGCUGGUGGCGCUGUUAGACUUCUACUUGGGCAGCUAUGUGUCUCAGCUUAACUCUCUGAAACAGCAGGAGCAAGAGCGCUACAACACCCUGGAAAUGGAGUACAGUCAACGGCGAUCAGAGCUACUGGCGCCACUAUUGGAGUUAGGUCAGUACCAAUGGGUGGCGGCACUGGCUGAAAAGUACUGCGACUUUGACAUCCUGGUCCAAAUGUGCGAGCUGACUGACAACCAGAGCCGCCUGCAGCACUACAUGAGCAAGUUCGAAGAGCAGAACUUUGCGGACUUCCUGUUCCGCUGGUACAUGGAGAAAGGCAAGCGAGGCAAGCUUCUGUCCCAGCCGGCCACUCAGCACCAGCAGCUGGCGGGAUUCCUCCAAGCGCAUCAACACCUCAGCUGGCUACACGACAUACAUGUGCAACACUACCACACUGCUCAAAAAACGCUGUACAAACAAGCCAACCUGGAGACACGGUAUUUUGCCAAGAAGAAGACACUGCUGGCUCUCAGCAAGCUAGCGGCGCUGGCAUCAGAUCUCCCGGAAGACGAGCGUAGCAAACAAGUUGACGAAAUUGUGGAGCAGGAACGCUUCCUGCUACACCAGGAGACGUUACCAAGGCAGCUUUUGGAGGACAAGCAGCAGAACCCUGACACCAUGCCGCUUCUCAGUGCAUACCAGUUGGUCCAACUUUACAUCUGCGACGACAACCGGCGAGCCAAUGAGUAUGACUUCAAGAAGGCUUUGGAUCUCCUGGAGUACAUUCAAGAGGAAGAUGACAUCAACAUCCACUCGCUCAAGUGCCAAAUCUUUGGAAAAGCGCUCAGACGGGAUGAUUGGUCUCACGCUGACUGCAACGACGACCCUCUGGAGGCGGCCAAGGACAGCGUUUUUGUCAAAAUCCUGGUCAAGCUCAUUGACGAAGGUGUUGGACUGCAGACGUACCUGCCAGAGGUCAAGGAGCUGCUGGAGCUAGACGAACUGAGCCCUCUCAAGUCCAAAGCGUACUUUGAGUUUGUGUUGCGGGCAAAUUAUGAACAUUACUUGCAGGCGCAGAUGUGA